AUGAGAAUAUUUUAUAUUACAUUACCAUUAGCCGUUUCCUGUCUGGCAGGAAAUGUAAAUGGAGCCCACAUUAACCUGGUUAGCCAUUCCAAUAACCCUGGAACGCUUGGUUUGUGCCAAGGUGACUGUGAUAUCGAUGAACACUGUGCAGAUGGCUUGAUUUGCUUUCAACGCGACGAGUUCGAAGAGGUCCAAGGUUGUUCCGGUGGGGAGUAUGAUGGCAGCAAGACCGACUAUUGUGCUCCUGAAACCUUUCCUACGUCGCCAACCUCUGUACCAAUGAGACAACUUCCAGUCCCGACAGUUAGGACUCCGACUAACGCAGCUCCUGUUGCGAUUGCCUUCAAUCCGACUUCUUUCCCUGCAUUAGUCGUGUAUGGAGGCAAUCCACCAGCUUCUCUUCUGCCCUUGGGCAGAUGUGAGGGAGAUUGCGACGUCGACGAUCAUUGCGGCCCUGGACUCUUUUGCUUUCAACGGGGUAGAAAUGAGCCUGUCCCUGGCUGUUCUGGGGGUGCAGCGGAUAAUUCACGCACAGAUUAUUGUGUACCAAAGGCUGGCUUCCCCCGUAUCCCAACACCACAAGAAUUGCCAUCCAUGCCCCCAACACCCUCUCCAUCCACUGCGACUACGGCACCAUCAAUAGCACCCGAACCAACCGAUGAACCAACCGAUGAGCCAACCAUCUCUACUAUCCCAGGACCGCAAGCAUUGCCAUCGAUAUCCCCAACACCGUUUCCAUCCACUGCGACUGCGUCACCAUCAACCGCACCCGAACCAACCGAUGAGCCAACCCUCUCUCCUACUAUUUCGGCUCCAACAUACAGUGCUCCUGUUUCAGAUCUAAAUCCCCUUCCUGCAUUGAUCUCAUUUGGGAGCGACCCACCUCCCUUCCGAAUGCCGUUACAGUUGUGCCAAGGAGAUUGCGACGGAGACUCUGACUGUCAGCCUGGCUUGAUCUGCUUACAAAGAGGAAGCAAUGAACCCGUAAAUGGCUGCAGUGGAGGUAUUAUUGACAAUAGCAGGACCGAUUAUUGUGUUUCAGGACCAAACAUCGCUACACCCUCUCCUAGUUUAUCCCCAGUCGAAGCCCCUACAAACACACCAAGUCUGUCUCCAGUGGAAGAUCCAACGAAUCCACCAAGUCUAUCUCCAGUGGAAGAUCCAACGAAUCUACCAAGUUUAUCUCCAGCGGAAGAUCCAACGAAUCCACCAAGUCUAUCUCUAGUGGAAGAUCCAACAAAUCCACCGAUUCUAUCUCCGGUUGGAGAGCCAACUUUUCCACCACUCCCAGACCUUGUUUCCUAUGGCGGUGACCCUCCACCAGCGGUCUAUCCUUUGAAACUUUGUGAGGGAGAUUGCGACGAAGACUCGGACUGUCAGCCUGGUCUAAUCUGCUAUCAGAAAGAUAGUUUUGAGGUCGUUCCUGGAUGCAAUGGGGGGCUGAACGAUGAAAGUGAAGAAGAUUAUUGUGUCCAGCCCGUCACACCAGCUGUAGAAACCUAUACUCCAGGAAAGUUGACAGUCCAAAAACUUGGACUGUUGCUCUCGGAAGGAUUGGAUGCUCGAAUCAUUGCAACCACCGGAGAACGAGUCCGAUAUCAUGAUGGUAGGGAAUCCAUGGAGACAUUCCAUUUGAAUCCUGAUGCUGGAGCCACUUUUCAAGACGAACGUGAAGGCAAUGAAGGUGGUUGGAUUUAUGUCAGCAAUUCAGAAGUCAAUGAUGCACAAGGCGGAGUUGGUGCAAUUACUUUUGACAAGGAUGGUAACAUCCUCGAGUACAAGAUGCUGCUGAAAAGGAGUUCCAUGAACUGUGGCGGUGGGCGAACUCCUUUUGAUACUUGGGUCACCUGCGAGGAGGUAGAUGCGGAAGGACAGCUCUAUCAAGUGGACCCAACUGGUAAAAGAUCGCCUCAAGUGCUUACUCUUGGCAAGGAUGGAGGGCGUUUUGAGAGUUUUGCCUUUGAUGUGCGUAAUCGCAUGAUUCCCCAUUUCUUUGUCACCGAAGAUCAUGAACAAGGAUGCCUGCGCCGAUUCACUCCUUUGAAUCCUGAUUGGGAAAAUGAUCCAUGGAGCAUGUUGCAUGGAGAUGGCAAAGUAGACUAUCUUUUCCUCCGCCCCAGUGAAACUGGCGAAUUUGGAACCUACGAGUGGAUUGAUGACCUAUCAAGAGCCCGAUCCAAUGCGCAAAAGUACUAUCGAUUUUCCGAAGGGAUUGAUGUGAGCGGGUCGGAACUAUUCUAUGUCUGCAAGGAAUCCAAACACAUGUUUACUCUUGAUCUAGAUCGCGGGACUUAUACUCGCCAGUCUACGGUGAAUGGUCUCUUUGAUGGUACUCCCGAUCAGAUUGAACGUGUCCUAGAAGGCUCGUCCGAGUUUCUCUACUUUACCGAAGAAGGUGGCAGGGAUGCUGGAGUUCACGCUCGCAAUGCUGAUGGGAGUUUCUUUACAGUCUUUGAAUCCCCAGUUUACCCAGACGAAACAACCGGCCUCUCGUGGUCUCCCGAUGGCCGUAUCAUGUACGUGGCCUAUCAAUUCACUGGACUUUUGUUCAGUAUUUGGAGACAAGACGGAGAACCAUUUCACCAGACUCAAUUGGAUGUCAAAUUCCAUCAUCAAGUUUGA